AAUUGAGAUCUCUCCAAACUCAAUUGUCUCGAGUUACAAACGCGUUAGCUUGAUUAGGGCUGUGUGGUUUAUUUUGACGGAUGCGCGAGAGUUCAAGUCUAAUUGGCAAAGUUCCUAAAAAUGGCCAAGAAAGCAGCAAUGGAGAGUUUGACACAUGGGGAGGAUAAAGUGCGCAUGAAGAAGCAACUUGGUCUGUUGGAAGGAGUUGCCAUUAUUCUAGGGAUCAUCUUUGGUUCAGGAAUAUUCAUUUCUCCAAAAGGAGUGAUACAAGAAGUAAACAGUGUGGGCUUGUCCUUGGUUAUUUGGGUAUUGUGUGGUUUGUUGUCUAUGAUCGGUGCCUUGUGUUAUGCUGAAUUGGGCACGAGCAUACCUCGCAGUGGUGGUGACUAUGCUUACAUUCACGAAUCCUUUGGUGAUCUUGCUGCUUUUCUUUAUUUAUGGGCUGCCAAUUUAAUUUUCGUACCAACAACUAAUGCAAUUAUGGCUUUGACCUUUGCAAAAUAUGUGCUUCAGCCGUUCUUUCCUGAUUGUCCCAUUCCUGAUGAAUCUGUUAGAUUAUUAGCAGCAGUCACGAUAUGUUUUUUAACAUACAUUAAUUGCCAUGAUGUCAAAGAAACCACAAAAAUGCAAAACGUCUUUAUGUUUGCUAAAGUAGGAGCAUUGGUGAUCAUUAUUUUAGCAGGAUUGGCUUGGGUGUGUGUGGGUCAUACUGAGAAUUUUGAGAAUGCGUUUGAGAAUACAAGCUCGAGUCCAGGGAAAAUCGCUGUGGCAGUUUAUUCUGGCAUAUUUUCCUAUUCUGGUUGGAACUACCUUAACUUCAUGACCGAAGAAUUAAAAAAUCCUUAUGUCAAUUUACCACGUGCUAUCUACAUUUCACUGCCUCUCGUGACACUAAUUUACGUCUUGGCAAACGUCGCCUACUUGGCAGUACUGACACCGCAAGCAAUGAUAGCCUCAGAAGCUAUUGCAGUCACUUUCGGUGACAAGAUACUCUCCUCCGUAGCGUGGAUCAUCCCAGUGAUGGUUGCCAUAUCUGCCUUUGGUGGACUAAGCGUUCACAUAAUGACGUCAUCAAGAAUGUGUUUCGUUGGUGCCAGAAACGGACACUUCCCUGCAAUGCUCAGUUUCAUCAACGUCGACAGGUUCACUCCGACUCCUGCUCUGGUGUUUUUGUGUAUUUUGUCUCUCGCAAUGCUGUGCACAAGCGAUGUAUUUGUAUUGAUCACGUACUGCAGCAUCGUUGAGUCGACCUUUAUCAUGUUCUCGGUAGCUGGAAUAUUGUGGCUGCGAUACAAAAGGCCGCAAAUGAAUCGACCUAUCAAAGUCUCACUCUGGAUUCCCGUGACUUUCGUGCUGAUUUGCGCCUUUUUGGUACUGGUACCGUGUUUUGAAAGACCCAUUGAAGUGUUCAUGGGAGUAGCUAUAACGCUGUCGGGUAUACCCGCGUAUUUCAUUGGCGUCGCUUGGAAGAAGAAGCCAAAGACCUUCCAAAAGUUAAACGAUAAAUUAACUGCCACCACUCAAAAAUUAUUGAUGUCUGCCAAGGAAGAGCAGGAAGAUUUUUGAAUGUCUUUAUCAAACGAACGUCAGUAAAUAGUGGGUUGCACUACUAUUUUGCUAAAAUGUCACGAAACGAUGACCAUUAGGGCUAUUAUGUGCCAUUGUUUUUGAUAGCUGCGAAACCAUGACUGAAAUAUCGCAAGACUAUGUACGAAUAUUUAUUCACAUAAUCACAUCGCGAAUAAGUCAGUAUAAAGUAAUUUUUACCUAUAAUUUAUUCAAGCUUUUUAUGAAUUAUAAAAUGAUAUCCUCCAAGAGGAUGAAUAAUUAUAAAAUUGAAAUUUUACACUGAUUUUAAAGUAUUACUUUGUAUUGACUUAUAGAUGUAUUAAACGAUUGAUCAACGAAAGUCGUUACAUAAUCUAGUGAAAAAUAUCAAUGAUAUUUAUUGGUGUAGCCAUUAGAUCUGAAAACCAGUGAAAGCUAAGCGGUACAAAUUUUUAAUACUACGAUGUUAAAGUAGAUAGAAGUACUUAUAUUAGCUGUGUUAUUUUUAAUUUUAAGAUAAUUUAUAUGGAUUUCCGGUAAAAAGAGAAAAAUUUGAAAAGAUGGUAUUUUUGAGUACCUAGAUGUUUUUACAAUUUUUUCUUCAUUAUUCCGAAGUUUAUGUCUUAAGUUAAGUCGAAAAAUCGUGUGAGUAAAAAUGUCUAUCUGUUGGAAGUAAAAUUUGUGGCCAAGAUAACUCCAGAACAAAAACAAAUAAUGUUCUGAAAUUUUAUGGUCACAUGUGCUAUCAUUAAACUUUGGAAAAUACCUAUUUUUGAGAAAUCGUUUUGCUAAACAAUUAACAACGUUUUUUAUUGCAACUGAUAACUUUUAGACUAGUAAAGUUUUCUGCUCAUUUGAAAAAUUGAAUCAAAAGAUGGCUUUAUUAGUUGAUUAUUAAACUAAAUCUAAAUCGAAUUUUUUGAAAUUAACCUGUAAUGUUAAAGAUAUUUAUUUGCAUGAAACGAAUUGCGUGUGUACUUGUUUAUAGACUGGUUGGAGAAUAAUGGAUGUUUAAAAAAAGCAAUGUAAAAGACCAACUACUCAACUGCUAAAAUAUGAUUUAAAAAAUUAUUCACCAAUUCAUUAGCUAUUUUCAUGAGUUCUUAAUAUCAUUUAGGUAACUGUUUCAAUAUUUUUGUGAAGUUUAGAAGCUUGCAUGAUGAAUAAAAAAAUUAUUUGCUUUGUGCUACUAAAAAUUAAAAUUGAUUUCAGUGUCGUAUGUAAGUUUUGUUUGAAUUCACUAACAUCUUUGAUCAAAUGAAAUAUAUAAAUUGAAAUUUUUUAUAUUUUUUUGAAAGAUGGUAAGACCAUCAAUGUCCAUUAUUCAUUACAUGUAAGUUAAUGCACAUCUAGCUUAUUAUUUAUAUCUGCUGGACUGUGAUAUACAACACAAAAUAUUAUAUAGUCUAACAACGAAACUGCAAGACUAUAAAAUGAAUGUAAAUUGUGUAACGCGUCUUAUAGAAACUUGUAAAAAGUUACCAAAUACUUUAAUUGAAACUCGACA